AUGUCAGCAUCGCGACGUAUUUCGGGGCGGAGGAAAAAGAAGUCCCUGAGCGAGAUCGUGAAUGAGCAAUUGGACGGCGGGGGCGCGGGGCGUCACGAGGUGGAUGCGUGGGACGACUUGAGCGGCGACGCCCCUAAAAUUGACGACUAUCACGAGGGGGAUGACUACGACGACGAGAAUGUGGUGGAAUUGGCCGCAAAGCGAAGCCGAACCGAGCGGCUGCGGGAGCCGAGGCACCGAUCCCAGCAAAGACCGCAACAGCUGCGUCGCCGCGGUCCCCUGGACGCCUCUUUGUCAACGGGUGAGUACGCCGCCACGCCGGUAGAUGUGGAAGCCGCUAUGGAUGACAUCUUUGGCGCACUUGAGAUGAACGAUGCAGACGAAGAUGAGAUGUCUUUAUUGGACGGAUACAUGGAUGGGGCGGGUGGCGACAAAAGCCAUGAAGAUGAGGAAUCGUUUGCAGCGGCGGUUGAUGCCACUACCGACAAUGAUCGUGGCAAGAAACGAAAGCGUGCGAGUGGCAAACCAGAGACGGAGGAGGACUAUAUCGCAUGGUUUGAGGCGCAGCAGAUGAAGAGGCGGGCUAGGCGUCAUGCUAGCGCUGGUGGUGAUGAGGAUAACAUACUUGAACAGCUCGAAUCGUUGCGGCACGCGCAAAUGGAACUAGUGGCAAAAGAGACACAGGAGGGUGACGGCGACGGUGAGGAUCCACAGGCCAAGCAGCGCCAGCGUGCACAGGCUGCGGUGAGGCAUUACGUGAUGGUUUACUCGCAACUUCUUCGUGUACGUAUCAAGCUGCAGCCCCCCAUUGCGCGUGCGGUAGCGCUUCCGCAGUACUACGCCCUCCCUGACUUUGUGCGGUCCGAUGAGGCACAGAUAAAGCAUAGCAUGGAGGUGGUUGCCAAGCACCUCAACGAUCUCGUUGGUGUCUUUUACCUCCUUGCGACGGAUGACAAGCAAACAAAGACACAAAAUGACACCCCGUUGAGCUUCAAAGACGUCAACAACUUGCAUAGACGCAUGAUGCGAGACGUUGACGCCUGUGUUGAGUACUGGGGAGUCAAACUGGUGCAACCAAACGGUGUGAAGCUGCGCACCGUGGCACAGCCGCUACUGCAUCAAAUUCACUCUGUGCUUAAGAGUAAAACGCGGCUGCGGGCAAAGGUGCAGAAAAACCGGUCCCAUGUGACUAUUUUGGGUCACCCCGAGCACCACAAGAUGUCUCAAUCGGCUGAGGGAAAGGCUGCACGUGCCCUGCACAUUGCGGAGGGCGACAUUGACGAGGAAAUCUACGAGGAUGCUGAUUUUCUUCGUGAAGUGGUGAAGCGUGGAGGGGUGGCGAAGUUGGAGCAGCAACUGCAGGAGAUUCAUCGCAGCCUGCACUCAGACGAGGCACCGGCCAAGCGUGGGUUUCAUCGUCUCACAAAAGGCAAGGCGGUGAACUACGAGCCCCGGCCAAAGUUGGUGGGAUUUUUAUUGCCUGUGCCAUAUGUACUGAGUGGUCAACAUGAGGUGAUGGUGAACUCACUGUUUCAAUAG